AGAGCAGCUCGCGGGCAAGGUAAAUAGAGCGAGAGAGAGAGAGAGGCAGAACGAUAGAAAGGAAGAGAACGGAUGCAACAGGGUGAAGAGAGAGAGACAGACAGAAAGAGAGAGAGAGAGGACAGAACAAGAAGUGAAGAAAGAAGUUCAGUAUAGUUUGUUUCAUCACUGGCCACUGUGGUACAGCACGUUUGGAUACAGCACAGGAAGGUCCACUUCAGGGGAGUACCUGUGUGGACCUCGAGCGGAAGAAGUACCCUUGACUCUAGGACUUCUCUCUGAAGAAGGACUCUUGAGCGUACCCUAGGACUUCCUCCCGAAGAAGUACACUUGAAGCGGUGAACAUGUGGACUCCAGAGAAGUCCGAAGGCCCCGCACGCGGUCAGGCUCACACAGCUGCCGGGUCGUCCAGGCAGAAGGUCAUCUCUGUCCUGCUCUACUGCACUGGAGAGAUGACCCACUUCAGCAAGAUCAUGGAGGACAAGCCCUUUCCAGUGCAGCUGGUGGAGUGGGUGUUGCGUGGGGUCUCCAGGGUGAUCCUGGCCAACAACCCCGUGAGCGGUGCACUGAUCCUGGGCGCGCUGGUCAUGGCCAGCCCCUGGCAGGCUCUGAUGGGGACCGUGGGCCUCCUGGCCUCCACCCUCACUGCAGUCAUCAUAGGACAGGACAGUGCAGAGAUCGCUGGUGGACUACAUGGCUUCAAUGGGAUGCUGGUGGCUCUGCUGAUGGGUGUGUUCAGUGCGGCUGGUGACUGGUAUUGGUGGCUGUUACUGCCUGCCUGCCUUGGUGGAGCCACGUGCACGUUUUUGUUCAGUGGCUUGGCUCCAUUACUGGACCGCUGGGAUCUCCCUGUGGCCGUGUUUCCCUUCAACAUGGUGAUUGUGCUGUUCCUCGCCUGCACCGGCCCAAACAACCCCUACUUCCCGCACAACCCUGCCACGCCACCGGGGGCGCCAGAGGCUCUCAACCACACCCAGCUCCAUGUGCCAGAGGUCCUGCAGGGGGUGGUGGUGGGCGUUGGGCAGAUCUACGCCUGUGGUGCCUUCGGCCCCUCUCUGCUGAUCCUGGGCGCCGUGCUCGUCUUCUCCCCCAUCAUGGCCAUCCACGCUCUGCUGGGCUCCGGGAUCGGCACCCUGGUUGGUCUGUCGAUGGCAGUGCGGCACAGUGCCCUUUACUCUGGCCUAUCAGGGUUCAAUGGUGCACUGGGCUGCAUGGCGGUGGGCGGGCUCUUCUUCACCUUCAGCUGGCGGACACACCUUUUCGCCAUCGCCAGCGCAUUCAUGUCAGCAUAUACAGACAUCGCCCUGAGCAAUCUACUGGGCACCGUGGGCCUCCCAGCAUGCAGCUGGGGCGCGACGCUCAUAGCCACCCUGAUGCUGCUGUUGACGGCGCGCCACCUGUCCGCGUACAGGAUCGCCAUUGGUCGAGUGGGCUCACCGGAACACAACCUGGUCACGCACAGACACUGGGAGGAAGGGGCCAAAGAGGACAGCACCGAUGUGUGACCUGUGACACACACACACACACACACACACACACACACACACACACACACACACACACACACACACAGAGACACACACCCAUACACAG